CCCCAGCGCCGACGGGCGGCGGGGCCUUCCCCUGGUCAACUCUGCCACUCUGCCCGCCGGGCGUCCUCAUCUCGCUCCCGGCCUGCGCCUCCCCCGGCUUGCCCAGUUCACCACUCCUGCCGCCUUGUCCGGGCUCCGCCCGGUUCACCACUCCUGCCCCCUGUCCUGGCUCUGCCGCGCGGCCGCUCGCUUCCCACACUCUGGAAAUGUCGCUGGAAACUCUGAGUGGCCCGCGUCGGGCCGCCCGACCCCUCCCAGACGCCAGCCCCGCGGUAGGGGCCGGGAUGGCAGCUGGGAAACAAGAGAGAGCUCCCCGGGGACCCUCGGCGGCCCCUCCCGGCGCCGCCUCACCGCCGGCCCGGCCUCCUCUGCAGGGAACCAGUGUCCCCGCGCGCGCCCCGACGGACGGAGGGCACUCGCACGCCCCUCCUCUCCGGCCCAACCCCGGCCCGCAGUCCAUAUUCGAGACCCAAACUCCGCCCGCCCCGCCGCGCGACUCUCACGGUCCUGCCUCCAGCGCGCGCCCCCUCGGCCUCCCUCUUCCUCCUCGGGCGCCCAGCCUGGCCCGGCCCGUCCUGACCCGGUCACGAGGGCCGCGACGGCCCGCGCUUCUCCCUGCCCUUCUUCCCCGAGCGCCCGCGCCAGGCAGCAGCCGGGCAGGGAUGCUCCUGCGCUCCCGGACGGCCUUGGGCCCAGCCACCUGCUCGCCGGGGAAGAGGACACGCAGAGGAGCAGCUGGCUCGCCCUGAGUCCUCCAACCUUAACCCAAGCAUGCAGGGCCCACCCCGCAGCCUUCCCGCUGGGCUCAGCCUGGACGACUUCAUCCCUGGCCACCUCCAGUCCCACAUAGGGUCUUCCUCCCGGGGGACACGGGUGCCCGUGAUCCGGAAUGGUGGCUCCAACACCCUUAAUUUCCAGUUCCACGACCCCGCGCCCAGGACUGUGUGCAAUGGCUGCUACACACCAAGACAAGAUGCUUCCCGGCACCCGGACCCCACGUGUUAUCAGACCUGGCCAGGCCCUGGGAGCAAGCCCUCUGCAAGCACAAAGAUCCCUGCCUCCCAGCAUGCCCAGAACUGGUCAGCCACAUGGACCAAGGACAGCAAGCGUCGGGACAAGCGCUGGGUCAAGUACGAGGGAAUCGGGCCCGUGGAUGAGAGCGGAAUGCCUAUUGCCCCGCGAUCCAGUGUUGACAGCCCCAGAGACUGGUACCGGAGAAUGUUCCAGCAGAUUCACCGGAAAAUGCCAGACCUGGAGCUGGACUGGACGUUCGAGGAGCCACCCAGAGACCCCAGGCAUCUAGGAGCCCAGCAAAGACCUGCCCACAGGCCCAGCCCGGCAGCAUCUUCCAGUGGAAGAAGCUGGGACCACUCUGAAGAGUUACCUAGAAGCACCUUCAGCUACAGACCUGGAGCAUUCUCCACUGUGCUGCAGCCCCCAAAUCAGGUGCCCAGACGCCGAGAAAAAGGAGACAGUGUCUGGACAGAAGAGUCCUGGAACCAGUUUCUGCAGGAACUAGAGACUGGGCAGAGGCCCAAGAAACCGCUGGUGGACGACCCUGGUGAGAAGCCCUCCCAGCCCAUUGAGGUGCUGCUGGAGAGAGAGCUGGCCAAGCUGAGUGCCGAGCUGGACAAGGACCUACGGGCAAUUGAGACCCGACUGCCGUUCCCCAAGAGCUCGCCUGCGCCCCGGCGGGUCCCGGAGCAGCGGCCCCCUGCCGGCCCGGCCUCAGCCUGGAGCUCCAGCUCCCCGAAUGCACCUUACCUGGGUUCCGCCCGGUCCCUGAGCCCCCGCAGAAUGGCUGAUGGAGGAAGCCCCUUUCUAGGUCGGAGGGACUUUGUCUACCCUUCCUCAACCCGAGACCCUAGUGCCUCUAACGGAGGGAUCAGCCCAGCCAGGAGGGAAGAGAAGAAGAGAAAGGCCGCCAGGCUCAAGUUUGACUUCCAGGCGCAGUCCCCCAAGGAGCUGACUCUGCAGAAGGGUGACAUUGUCUACAUCCACAAGGAGGUGGACAAAAACUGGCUGGAGGGAGAGCACCAUGGCCGCCUAGGCAUCUUCCCUGCUAAUUAUGUGGAGGUGCUGCCCGCAGAUGAGAUCCCCAAGCCCAUCAAGCCCCCGACCUACCAGGUGCUGGAAUAUGGAGAGGCUGUGGCCCAGUACACCUUCAAGGGGGACCUGGAGGUGGAGCUGUCCUUCCGCAAGGGAGAGCACAUCUGCCUGAUCCGCAAAGUGAAUGAGAACUGGUACGAGGGGCGCAUCACGGGCACGGGGCGCCAAGGCAUAUUCCCCGCCAGCUACGUGCAGGUGUCUCGUGAACCCCGGCUCCGGCUCUGUGACGACGGCCCCCAGCUCCCCGCAUCGCCCCGCCUGACCGCUGCCGCCCGUUCAGCCCAUCACCCCAGCUCCCCCUCAGCCCCGCGCAGCCCAGCUGACCCCACCGACUGGGGAGGGCAGACCUCCCCCCGCCGCACUGGCUUCUCCUUCUCCACCCAGGAGCCUAGACCCCAGACCCAGAAUCUUGGCACCCCUGGUCCAGCUCUGUCUCACCCUCGAGGUCCCAGCCAUCCCCUGGACCUGGGGACCUCUUCUAACGCCUCUCAGAUACACUGGACCCCGUACCGGGCGAUGUACCAGUACAGGCCCCAGAACGAAGACGAGCUGGAGCUGCGCGAGGGGGACAGGGUGGAUGUCAUGCAGCAGUGCGACGAUGGCUGGUUUGUGGGUGUCUCCCGGAGGACCCAGAAAUUCGGAACAUUCCCUGGAAAUUACGUUGCCCCGGUGUGAGUGGUCUCCAUGGCAACUUGGAGCCAGCCAGGAUGGGGUGGGGAGCAGUGGCACUCGUGGGAGGGACAUGACCCCCGCCCACAUCCUCCUUCCCCAGGACCUGAGCUCCCGGCAUCUGCAGACGACCCCCACAGCCUUUCCCUCGGACCCCCCUCGAAGCCCCCUGGACUGAUUCCCACCCACGACUCACAGACAUUCCUCCCACAGCCCUUUCAUUUCCUCCCCACCCCACUCCCCAAAUACAGAGGUCCGCUUUGAAGUGGAGACCAUUUCCAGGCCUUAUUGAGACCAGACCCCAAGUCCCCCACCCCCAUCCUGCUCCAGCUUUCCUCUAACAGGGACCAGCGCUCCGCUUUGCCCCCAGGGGGUUCCUCUAACCAGGACCAGCUUCCUAGCCUCCUAGAGACCAAAGGCCGCCCCGACUGCUGGGGUUCCUCCCACCACCCCAGCUUGCCGACUGCCCACUUUGCCUUCUUGCCUCCAGCUGGGCGUGGGGGGCGGAGCAAGGCGGGGGACAGCAGCACUUUCUUAGCGAUCCAGGCCUGGCAAGAGCUCUGGCCUCAAGGCUACUUCUUCCCAGGGGCUAUCAAGUCCUGGGCCUGGCCCUGGAAUAUCACCCCGCACUGUGGGGCCGGGCACCACUAGCCUGGCUCAAAUAUUCCCCAGGGAGACUGCUGUGUGCUGCCCACCUGCCUGCUGGCUCUCCCCCAGCCCCACGUCCCCUCUGGAAGAGAAUGUAAAAUAAACCUGGACACAAGGGA